AUGAUAUAUCUGAUCUCAGACAGUUCUUGGGUAUCACCAGUUCAUGUGGUGCCUAAAAAAGGAGGGAUGACUAUGAUCUGCAAUGAUAAGAAUGAACUUAUCCCAUCGCGCACCGUCACGGGGUGGCUCAUGUGCAUAGACUACAAGCGUCUCAAUACCGCCACGAGAAAAGACCAUUUUCCUCUACCCUUUAUGGAUCAAAUGCUUGAGAGAUUGGCUGGGCAGGAG